UAGUUUUCUUUUUUCUGUAUUUAUUGAUGGGAGGCAUCUGACUGCAAAAAAUUGUUCUGGGUUCGUCCUGCAUUCGGAUAUUAAAAAAUCUCAGAUCUCUGGAUUUUCUGAAACCUAUCAGUUUGCAUUUCUCGUGGAAGAACGCACACUUCGUCAGCUGGACACAAUUCCAUGAACAUAUCGACUCCAUCGGUAUGACCUUAAUACCUCUGCCCCCGAGAUCUACCUGUCUGUAUUGAUAAUGUUGGAGAUGAUAACCGCGGGGCUGCCAUGAGAUCUUAUCUAUAAAUCGGUGGUCACUGGUCCGACAGUCCUCGAUCCAACGGCGCAGAGGAGCAAGAAAUUCGAGUUAACCGAAUUUGACAAAGGGAGGACUUCCCAACUGAGGCGAGAGGUUUCCCGCCAUUUUCGGUUGAGACAUUUGCUCUGCUUCUGCAAAAUCUUAGAAUAGGGAAGAAACUGUUGACCGUUUCCACCUCUGUCUCUCUGUCUCUCUGUGUCUGCCUGUCUGUUCCGUGCGUUGGAGAAGGGCCGAAUGACUCAGAAUGCUUGCCUCGUUGUCUCCUACUUUUCUUCGUCUCCGUCUUCUCUUCCAUUCUCGGCCAUCUCGGGAGGCCUCUUCCCCACGCCAGAUCCAACGAGAGGGGCCCAGUGGACCGAGCUACGGAGAUUGGCUAGUUCCUGAUAACAAGAGGAGGGGCAUAUUUUCCGAGUAUCACGUAUCUUCUGUUCCGGAAGCCGUGAAAGCUCAUAAUAAGGGCCAGGUUGCAACUCUCGUUCGUUCUCCUGUAGUUUCUCCGACAAGAAUUUUUUGUUUAUAAUCUUUAUGUGCUUGAGGAGGAAUUCAAUGAGCCACGAGGGCAAAGCAAAUCCUCCGGACAACAAGACGGUCCCGUGCAAUGGCAAUGGGACGGCAGCCACCGGAAAGCUGGUUUUCUUACAUGGAGAGCUUGACAUGUACAUAGUGGAGGCGAAGUCGCUGCCAAACAUGGACUUGGCCUCGGAGCGGAUGAGGCAGUGCUGCACCAUGUUUGGCCCUUGCUCCUCCCCCUUCAACAAGCGGUUUCUCGGCCGGUCAGGCAAGCAUUCAAUCAUCACCAGUGAUCCUUAUGUCUCGGUCUGCCUCGCAGGGGCCACUGUCGCUCGUACACGGGUCAUCAACAAUUGUGAGAACCCGCUCUGGGAUGAGCAUUUCUGCGUCCCGGUCGCCCAUCCAGUGGUGAAGGUCGAGUUUCACGUGAAGGACAAUGAUGUAUUUGGGGCUGAGCUCAUUGGGGUCGUGGAGAUUCCCGUCACUAAGUUGCUCUCGGGAAAUGUAAUCAAUGAUUGGUUCCCGAUCAUCAGCCACUACGGGAGCCCCCUCAAGCCGUACCCGGAAUUGCACAUCUCUGUCCAGUUUAAGCCAGUCGGAGAGAACCGUUUGUACCUGGACGGGAUUGGGGCGGGGCCUGACUGCAAAGGCGUGCCUAAUACGUAUUUCCCGCUCCGCAAAGGCGGGAACGUGACACUCUAUCAGGAUGCUCAUGUGCCUGAUGGAAUGCUUCCUGAGAUCCCCCUCGAUGACGGGAAGGUCUUCCAGCAGGGCAAGUGCUGGGAAGAUAUAUGCCACGCGAUUUUGGAGGCUCACCACUUAAUCUACGUGAUCGGUUGGUCGGUAUAUCAUCCUGUGAAGCUCGUGAGGGAACCGACAAGGCCUCUGCCUAGUGGAGGAGAGCUCGCUCUUGGAGAGCUGCUGAAGUAUAAAUCACAGGAAGGAGUCCGAGUGGUCAUGUUGAUAUGGGACGAUAAAACCUCUCACGACAAGUUUCUUAUCAAAACGGAAGGUGUGAUGCAAACCCACGAUGAAGAAACCAAGAAAUUUUUCCGGCACUCGAGUGUCCACUGUGCUCUCUCUCCACGGUACGCGAGUAACAAGCUUAGUAUAUUCAAGCAACAGGUCGUGGGAACCCUUUACACACAUCAUCAGAAGUGCGUGCUUGUUGACACUCAAGCCUCUGGAAACAACCGGAAAAUAACAGCUUUUAUCGGCGGUUUGGACCUAUGCGAUGGGAGAUAUGACACGCCAGAGCACAGGCUCUUCCGUGAUCUCGAUACCAUCUUUAAGAACGAUUUUCACAAUCCUACAUUUACUACUACAAACAAUGUCCCAAGGCAACCAUGGCACGACUUGCACUGUAAGAUCGAGGGACCUGCUGCAUACGAUAUAUUGACAAACUUCGAACAAAGAUGGAGAAAAGCGACAAAAUGGCGUGACUUCAAACUCAAUCGUGUCACUCACUGGCAUGACGAUGCGCUGAUUAGGCUCGAACGAAUCUCGUGGAUAGUUUCUCCAUAUUCGAAUGAGGAAGCUGUUCACGUGAGAGACGAAAACGAUCCUGAGAAUUGGCAUGUACAGAUAUUUCGGUCCAUUGAUUCAGGAUCUGUGAAGGGAUUCCCGAAAAGCGUCCAAGAAGCCGAGACUCAGAAUCUCAUCUGCGGGAAGAACUUGAAAGUAGAUAAGAGUAUUCACACUGCUUAUGUUAAGGCAAUACGAUCAGCACAACACUUCAUAUACAUUGAGAAUCAGUACUUCCUCGGAUCUUCGUACUAUUGGCCAUCGUACAAGAAUGCAGGCGCAAAUAACUUAAUACCGAUGGAGUUGGCCUUGAAAAUCGCUAGCAAGAUCAGUGCAAAUGAGCGGUUCUCGGUCUAUGUAGUGAUGCCAAUGUGGCCCGAGGGCGUCCCAAACAGUGCACCUGUGCAGGAAAUUCUGUUUUGGCAGGGACAAACAAUGUCGAUGAUGUACCAAAUCAUCGCGCAGGCCCUCGAAAAAGCCGGGCUUUCGGGUCAAUACCAUCCCCAGGACUAUCUCAACUUCUUUUGCCUUGGAAAACGCGAGCCCCCGUUUUCUUCUGAAGGUCAUGCUCCAAUAAAUAGCUCAAGCGAGAACAACCCAGCGGUGCUGGCACAGAAGUUCCGAAGGUUCAUGAUUUACGUGCACGCCAAGGGAAUGAUAGUGGAUGAUGAGUAUGUGAUCAUAGGAUCGGCGAAUAUCAAUCAGAGAUCUUUAGAUGGUUCACGCGACACAGAAAUUGCAAUGGGAUCUUACCAACCGAAAUAUACAUGGGCAGAGAAGCAGAGACAUCCGCGAGGACAGGUAUACGGUUACAGGAUGUCUCUAUGGGCGGAGCACCUGGGCAUGCUCGAGGACGAGUUCCAGGAACCGCAGAGCCUCGAGUGCGUGAAACGCGUCAAUGAGAUUGCCAAGCAGAACUGGAUGGCUUACGUGAGCGAGGACAGCCAAGAGAUGAGAGGGCACCUGAUGCAGUACCCAGUCAAAGUGAGUCGGGAAGGGAAGGUCGGCCCUUUACCUGGUUUGGAGACGUUUCCUGACGUAGGCGGUAAAGUCCUCGGAGCCCCGACAACUCUCCCGGAUGCUCUAACCACAUAAGCAGUUACAAAUGAACGGAAGACCACAUACGCAGAAGCAGUUAUACUGGGUUCGUCUUAGCUAAAAUAUGCUAACAAAGCGUGAUUCAUUCCUGAUCAUCUGUCUCUCGAGUUCUUUUAGCUGAGAAACCGAGAAGACAAAAUCUGCUAAGCGAUGCGUAAGGUCGUCGGUAUGUAUAUGAAUGUGGCCCCGUCUUUGUACUCUAACAGCCCUAUCCAUUGCCUAGAGGACACUCAUGAGGUAAGUGUAAAAUAAAUGAUCACAGGAUACAUAUUAAUGAA